UUCCCGUCAGCCGAGGACCGAGCCACGGCCGGGAAUGGCAGCGCGGGGGUUCCGCGGAGGCGCUAAGCGCAGCGUCCAAAGCAUCCUUGCUUCCUCCCGGAAAUCGCGGCUGCCGGUCAAUCAGAAUCAGAAAAAGGCUAAAUGAUUCCCAGAGACACAGCCAUGAAGCAGGUGGUUUCGAUCUGAAAAAAAUCAAGGUGAAAAGCUCUAGCAACCAGAAAAAAACAAAUGGAGGAAAAUGGAAAACGCAAGAUAGAAGACAAAGUCUCAUUCUGUAGGCCAGACAGGAAUGAGAAAGGCCAUGUACAAGAGGAAGUACUCAGCUGCUAAAUCCAAGAUGGCGGGUGAAAAAGUUGAGAAGCCAGAUGCUAAAGAGAAGAAACCCGAAGCCAAGAAGGCUGAUGCUGGUGGCAAGGUGAAAAAGGGUAACCUCAAGGCUAAGAAGCCCAAGAAGGGGAAGCCCCAUUGCAGCCGCAACCCUGUCCUUGUCAGAGGAAUUGGCAGGUAUUCCCGAUCUGCCAUGUAUUCCAGAAAGGCCAUGUACAAGAGGAAGUACUCAGCCGCUAAAUCCAAGGUUGAAAAGAAAAAGAAGGAGAAGGUUCUUGCAACUCUUACAAAACCAGUUGGUGGUGACAAGAAUGGCGGUACCCGGGUGGUUAAACUUCGCAAAAUGCCUAGAUAUUAUCCUACUGAAGAUGUGCCUCGAAAGCUGUUGAGCCACGGCAAAAAACCCUUCAGUCAGCACGUGAGAAAACUGCGAGCCAGCAUUACCCCCGGGACCAUUCUGAUCAUCCUCACUGGACGCCACAGGGGCAAGAGGGUGGUUUUCCUGAAGCAGCUGGCUAGUGGCUUGUUACUUGUGACUGGACCUCUGGUCCUCAGUCGAGUUCCUCUACGAAGAACACACCAGAAAUUUGUCAUUGCCACCUCAACCAAAAUCGAUAUCAGCAAUGUCAAAAUCCCAAAACAUCUUACUGGUAAGGUGGUGGCAUUUUCCCACUCGGCCCUGAAGAAGUCAGUGCUAAACUACAUGGAUGAGAGAAGAGAAUAA